GAUGCCUGAAGCUGCCAAGUCCGCGCCCAAGAAGGGCUCCAAGAAAGCCGUGACUAAGACCGCCGGCAAAGGAGGCAAGAAGAGGAGAAAGAGCAGGAAGGAGAGCUACGCCAUCUACGUGUACAAGGUGCUCAAGCAGGUCCACCCCGACACUGGCAUCUCGUCCAAGGCCAUGGGCAUCAUGAACUCGUUCGUCAACGACAUCUUCGAGCGCAUCGCCGGUGAGGCGUCUCGCCUGGCUCACUACAACAAGCGCUCCACCAUCACCUCCAGGGAGAUUCAGACCGCCGUGCGUCUCCUGCUGCCCGGUGAGCUGGCCAAGCACGCCGUGUCCGAGGGAACCAAGGCCGUCACCAAGUACACCAGCUCCAAGUAAACACACUGCUCGGACUGCAACAACCUCAUCAACCCAACGGCUCUUUUAAGAGCCACACACUUUAUCUAAGAGAGUUCAUAUCAUCUUUAUACAGUGUGAAUAACAUCUGUGAGAGUUGUCUGUUUUAACCUUCUCGUCCUCUCUUUUGUUUGCUGUAAAAUGAAAAAAACUGUACAGUUAAUUGUU